GGCUCUCCAUCACUGUCACGAUGGCUGGUUUCCAAUAUGAGCCUCUCAACCCAUCGGAUGACGAAAUUCGCAUCCUCGAUCUGCUACCUGGACCAGGGCCUAUCUCUUGCCGUUUGAGGAACGUACGACUAUCCGAUCACCCCCAGUAUGAGGCUCUUUCAUAUUGCUGGGGCACCUCGCCCAAGAAAAGAGACAUUUGUGUUAACAACCAUUCCAUUUCUAUCGGGUUGAAUCUCUACUCUGCUUUGCAUCAUCUGCGGGGAACCGAAAACCAUCGCUCGUUCUGGAUCGACGCCAUAUGUAUCAACCAACAGGACCCCGCGGAAAAGAAUACCCAGAUCCCUCUCAUGGGGCAGAUAUACGAGCAGUGUUCGAGAGCCGUCAUAUGGCUGGGUCCAUCAGACAUCCUGACAAGAAGAGCAUUCCGCGUACUUCGCGUACUCUUGGAAUACGCCCACAUAUGGCCGCUUGGCAACUUUCUGGUGUCUUUGCACGAGUGGCGCGAUGCAAAGUUUAAGCUUGGCCAGACCACAGGCCGAUCUCCCAAAAGCGACAAGAUUUUGAAGAAGAACUGGUUCUGGGAUCGCAUCUUCGAUUCUUUGGCAAUUUGGUACCUGUGGAGGAGGCCCUGGUUUUCGCGCGUUUGGAUCCUGCAAGAGUCCACCGUUUGUCCCGAUGCCAUUGUCAAAUGCGGCCACGAUGAGAUAAACUGGAUACAGCUCAUCCAUUACAGCAGGGAAAAAGAAGAGCUCAACAUACCAUCGGAAGCCGAAGGGCCGAUGCUUUCUCACCUUAAUCGGAGGAGAGAAGUUGAAAUGGACCUGUUUGACGCUUUUGCAAUCAACGAAGAUUCUUUGGCAACCAACCCGCGCGACAAGAUUUAUGGCGUCCUUGCACUUGUCCACUCAAACGACUCGAUCGAUAUAAACAUCGACUAUUCUAAGGAUCCUUCAGACAUCUACCUCGAGUUCACGACCGCAAUCCUCAAGGCUAGGUCGGACCUGGACGUUCUCGUGCGGGCUCGUGGCGACAUACCCUAUCCAGACGGGAAAAGACUGCCAUCCUGGUCACUGAGUUGGGAAAUAAGCCACAGCCAGCAGCUGUAUUCCUUGUCCUUUUCGCAAAACAUGAAAGAUCGUACUCCAAAACCUCCCUCUCCCGACGACGUUCGGGCUACCCAAAACUCUCAGCCUCAAGUAUCAUUCGCCGAGGAUGGGAAGGUCCUAGGAUUAAGCAGUGUAAGGUUCAACGAGAUUACGGCCGUAGGAUUACCAAUGCCGCAGAGCCAUCUCUCGCCAAAGUCGAGGUUGCAGAUGUUCAAAACAUAUCUCUCUUGGCGCAAAAUCUGCGACCUUGAUUCGUCGACCGCUUAUGAGCCCACUGGACAAUCUCAUCGUGAGGUUUUCUGGCGGAUGCUAAAAUGGUUUUUUCUGCAUUCCGGCUAUGUCAACGUGGCCAAGGAAAAUGCAGAGCUGGACUCUUUUGACAAAACUGUGGUGAGGCUCACGAGUCUUCUCCCACAGUACCUCUUGGGCAUCCAAAUCGGGAUAGUCCUUCUCUUCGUAUGGGACAUCUUUCUCGAGUUUUCUUAUACCACCGGAUUCUACACGGAAAGCCCGUCUUUCUUCUUCGAGGCUUCUGCGGGAUGGGGAAGAACAAUGGUCAGGACGUCGAACGGAUUCAUGGGUCUCGCGCCAUCUACAGUCAAGGUUGGUGAUGUCAUCUUUCUAGCCAGCGGAUCGCGGGCACCGCUGGCCUUUAGGCAAUACGGCGCGCGGUGGAGGCUCAUAGGGGAGACGUAUGUUCACGGCAUCAUGUCUGGGCAGGCAUUUGACAGCAGCAAAUGCGAGAUGAUGUGGGUGGAAUGAGAGUAAGCUUCUUGGUAAUUUGGAUAGUUUAGGGGACACUUCAUUCUGUAUUGCUAUUUCCAAAGUACAUGACAUAUAUAUCGAAAUCGC